GAGAGAGAGAGAGAGAGAGAUCCAAUGCUAUGAACACCAAGUGUAUGUGAAAAAUGGGCAGAGAACUUAUUGUGGUAGUGCCAAAUUCUCCCUCUCUCCUUGAUUUAUUACAUUAUCAAUACCUCAUUCUUUUGCUGUAUCUCAUCAAAUAAACACCCAAAGUCUUUUUUCUUCCUGUUUUUUCUAUGGACAAGCAUCAUCAUCAACAGCAGCUGCCCCCACAAAAGACUGCUUCUCAACGCUGCAGUGAAUGGGUAUUUCGAGAUGUUCCAAGUGACAUCAUUAUCGAAGUAGAUGGAGCAACAUUUGCACUACACAAGUUCCCUCUCGUCUCGCGGAGCGGCCGCAUCCGAAAACUCAUCGCCGAGCACCGCGAGUCCGACGUGUCCCGCAUCGAGCUCCUGGGCCUUCCCGGCGGGCUCGAGUCGUUCGAGCUGGCGGCCCAAUUCUGCUACGGCAUCAACUUCGAGAUCACGGCCUCCAACGUCGCCCGCCUCAUAUGCGUCUCCGACUACCUCGAGAUGACCGACGACUACUCCCCCAACAACCUCGCCUCCCGCGCCGAAGAGUAUCUCGACAGCGUCGUCUGCAAGAGCCUCGAGAUGUGCGUCGAGGUCCUCCAACACUGCGAGAGCCUCCUUCCACUCGCAGACGAGCUUCAAAUUGUCUCACGUUGCGUGGACGCCGUAGCCUCCAAGGCCUGCGUUGAACAGAUCGCCUCGAGCUUCUCACGGCUCGAGUACAGCAGCUCGGGCCGACUCCACAUGAGCAAGCCCGCUAAAUCCGAGUCCGAUUGGUGGGUGGAAGACCUCUCGGCCCUGCGAGUCGACCUUUACGAACGAGUCAUUGCUGCCGUAAAGUGCCGUGGGGUGCGUCCGGAGACUGUCGGGGCGUCUCUCGUGAACUACGCGCGUAAAGAGCUUUCGUCGACGUCGGCGGCGGGUAAAGGGGGUGGUGGACGGCUCGUGGUCGAGACGGUGGUUGGGUUGCUUCCCGUCGAGAAAUUCGCGGUGCCGUUGAGUUUUUUGUUCGGUUUGUUAAGGAGUGCGGCCGCGCUGGGGUGCGCGGACGGGUGUAGGGUGGAGUUGGAGCGGAGGAUCGGGGCUCAGCUUGAGAUGGCGACUCUCGACGACUUGCUCAUACCUUCGUUCAAUCACGCGGGAGACACUUUGUUCGAUGUGGAGACGGUUCAUAGGAUACUUGUGAAUUUCGCGCAGAUGGAGGUGAGCGAGGAGGAGGAGGAGGAAGAAGAUAUGGAUAUGGAUAUGGAUAUGGAGGGGGACGGGUCGGGUUUCGGGUCGGACGGCCCGUCCCAGACCUCUCUCUGCACCGUGUCGAAGCUGAUCGACAGUUAUUUGGCGGAAAUCGCGCCUGAUGGGAACCUCAAGCUUACAAUGUUUGUGGCUAUUGCCGAGGCGUUGCCGGCACACGCGCGCACGCUUCACGACGGGCUUUAUCGAGCGAUUGACAUUUAUCUCAAGGCUCACCAAGGGUUACCGGAGGGAGAAAAGAGGAAGUUGUGCAAGCUGAUCGACUUCCAGAAGCUGUCACAGGAGGCCGGGGCUCAUGCAGCGCAGAACGAACGGCUACCCGUGCAGUCGAUUGUCCAAGUCCUCUAUUACGAGCAGCAGAGGCUCCGAAACUCACUGUUCUACGCAGAGGACGAACCUGCAGCAGCUGGGAUGAAGCAGCAUCCCAGCUGGAGGAUCAACAGUGGGGCCCGCAGUGCGGCCAUGUCACCGCGGGACAACUACGCGUCCUUGAGGCGUGAGAAUCGAGACCUGAAGCUGGAGCUGGCGAGGAUGAGGAUGAGGCUGAAUGACCUGGAGAAGGAUCAUGUCUACAUGAAGAGGAAUUUGGAGAGGUCGGGGUCGAGGAGGUUGAUGAGCUCGUUUUCGAAGAAGUUUGUCAAUAUAUUCGGGCAUGGGUCGUCGAGGGGGUCCAUGUCUCCGUCGAGACAGUCGCAGAUGUCGGAGGCCAGGUUCGUGGAGAGGACGUGACCAGGCUUUUAAUCAAUUUGUGGCUUUCUUUUUUAUGGUAUUUUUAUUUUUACUUUCUUUUUUUUUUUUCCUGGACGUGGGACCCGUUUUCUCUUUCGCGUGCUGGUAUGUAUAUAAUGUGUUUUUGGGAUAUGCUUUACUUGACGGGAAGAUGUUGAAAGGCAAAAAUGAUGUGAAUGGUAAAAGCAUCAAGUGAAGUGCAUGCAGCACCCUCUUUUGACAUUCUUGCAACCUCAAUUACUGGAUGUAAACUUUUACUUUUUUCUUAUU